AUGGCUGAACGAGGACAUAUGCUACGAUCGUUGUCAAGAACGAAAAUUGAGAUGACAUUAGCAGGAGUGAAUAUUGAGCAAUCAAAAUUGGUACGCAUGGAUGCAGGUGAAACUGCACGACGUGAAGGACGUUGCGUUUUUGAAUGUUCCUGGGAAAUUGCUAAUAAAGUAUGA